AUGCACACUACACCUGCCAUGCUCGUGUUCCGAACAGAGGUAAUUCGGAAUGGGAUCCCAUAAAACGAGAUGUGCUCUUCCCAAUCUCGUCGCGGAAAUCGUUGGGCGGUGAACGACGCCUCCCGGAAAACCCAUCUCAUAACCGAUUCGAUUAGAUUUCGAAUGCUCUUUCACGGAUCGCUGACGUCAAACCGAAGGGGAGGCGAGGCGUCGAACCACAUCCACUUCAUUCGUUCGCGUAUGAAUAACUGGGCGUCUGCAUCGAGUGCAUCAGACAUCGGACCAAGUGUUCUUUACGAUACGAUGCUCUCCUAACUCUUGAUCAGCAGCGCUGCAAUUCUUAGUAAAUCUUUGAAAGUGACGAGUAUUUGGAAGAAGAAUAAAAAGUCAAUUCCCCGGGGAGGGGGCAGCUGGAAAUGAGAAUAAUGAGUAUGGUAGCUUAUCGAGAAAAAAGCCAGGCAGGUGAUUGGCAGGCAGAAAAUGAGCUCUGAACUUGGAAUAAAAUGAUUUCAUUAAAUCUAUCAGGAACACGUCGACUCGAUCUUUCCAGACCCUACAAUUUUACUUCCAGUCUCAUUUUGCUUCCCAGUUUCUCAUCAGAUCUUUCCCCAUUCACACCCUCGUUUCCGGGCGGCACGUACUUCCCGUUCCGUCCGUUCUUCUGCCCAAACGUGCGCUCAAAUGUACUCUGUGCUCGAAAAAAGAAAAGACGCCGUCGCUUUCCAAAUUGGUUUCCUGUGCCGAAAAGACGAACUUCUUCUCCGUCGUCGUAGCUCCUCUCAUCCACGGAGCACAUGUUUGCUCAUAAUAAUAGGAGAGCAUGGCCUUCGUCGGUCUCUCCGAAACUGAAGGGGUUAGCCGAAGAAGAGGGCGCAAAGGGAAGAAGAAGAAGGCACGCAGAAGGAGCAGCAGGAGCAGUCGAAGAAGAAGAAGAAGAAGACGGGCGGUUGGUUGAAAAGGGGCGGGGCUCAAGGGCGGGGCCGCCUGCUCCCUCGAGCUCUCGGCUUUCAGUCCUGUGCGCCGUCCGCUAUCUAUCAGCCAAUCUUGCGUCGCUCCUCGGGCCUUUCAGCACCUUCCUCUCAUCUUUGAUCGGUUUUUUUUUGAUUGAGGCAAAUUUGAGGCGCAUCGCUUCGACGACGCCUCGUUUUUGCUGUAAAUUUUAUAUGAUACAAAAGCGAUGAGCCGUGAAAUCGGUCCGGGGGAAGCAGGCGAAAAAGGUGAUGUGCACAUGCGCGAAUAGUUUCGGAAAGUCUCCGCGCACACACUUCCAUUAAUGACUUUGUAAUUCGAGCCGCCCCUUCACACUUUAAUCGCUCAACUUUUUGCAUCCGCACAUUCUGAUCCCUUAUUGUUUUCGUCCUUUCGCCCUUUUCCGACCUUCCGGAAGCUUCUUCCAUUUUCAGAGGCAUGUCGUCUCCCGCCGACUGCUGAGAUGGAUCAGAAUGGCUGUGGCAAGUGUGCUCCUGGCACUCUUCAUGCUCUUUCUUUCCAUCGUCACUGUCGUCGGCAACCUCGCCGUCCUUCUCUCCUAUUAUCUCGACAAGAACAUCCGGCAGCCGACCAACUACUUCAUCUUCUCGCUCGCCAUCUCCGACCUGGUAUGUUGUUGUUGUUUUGUUUUUCCCUCUCUCUCUCUCUCUCCUUCCCUUCCCUGUCGUCCUCUCUGCUCCUUUCCAUUCAUCCACACCGGGCCUGAUGUGAUUCGGAAAUGUGAAUUAGUCCGUCCACAAGCAUCCGAGAGAUCGCUGACCUGGACAGGAGGAGGAGGCGACGUUUUCGGCGCUACUUACAACGAAGAAGAACUCGCACGGAAUAGAACUGUUACUGUUUGGAACUCGCAACGUUAAAAUAUAACUGCGAGUUCCAAAUCGUAACAGUUCCAUUCCGUGCGAAUUCUAAUUCGUUGUAGCGCCACGUUUUCACAGAGGGGACCGAAACGUUUUUGUUCUCUUCGGUAUGCGAAUGGGCCGAAGAUGUGUUGGGUGAUGUCUCGAGAGACCUCGAAAGUGGUGAAAUGACAUGCGGUGCAGAAGCAGCAGGAGCCGCCGGAGCAACUAGCGCUCGAGUGGGCACACUGCCUCUCACUCCUCACUCAUCCACAGAAGGAGAAGGAGAAGAAGAAGACGCUCCCUUUCCAGAAGGCGACCAUAAUCUUAUGUCAGUAGGGGAAAGACGGCGUGAGUCGUCAACUUUCGGCCCGUUGCGCCACGCUCCCCGCCUAACCUAAUUUUUCGAACAUUUUUCCGAGGCGACAUAGAAGACGAAGUCGGGAGAAGCAGACGAGAUGAGGAGGAGUAAACGGACGAGUUGACUGAAGGGCACGAAAUGACUGAGCAGCAGAGGAUAAGGUUGCAAAAAAGAUCGGAAGUUCAGGAAUAGCCCCCCAACUUCUACAGUAGAACUCCUCAGCGAACCGAAACCCAAGACUAUAAUAGCUCUCCGAAAAUAGAAAGAAAAAAAGGUGGGGAAAGCCCUCCGAGUCGGGCAUGUUUACAAUCGGACAGCGGAAGAGAAACGGCGAUUGGCCUGUUCUGUGGUCGUCUGCCACGUCAUGUCAAACAUCUCCUGAUCCGUUCUUUCUUUCUUUCAAGUGUGCUUCGUUAUCUCUAUUUUUCGCAGUUUUGAAGCUAUUGCUCCAGCUCUCUCGGCCACCUAAUUUGACGUAUCCGGCGCUUGAGCGCCGUCUUCACAUGACCUCCGUGUGGGUGCCACGUCAUCUUUGUUCCCCGCCGACCUACUCCUCCGGCUUCGGCUCUUCUUCCGUCUCGGCCAUCUUUUCGGCGCCGGAAAUCAGUGGCAAUCGGAAGCGCGCGGGCCCGCCUCGCAUAACCCAUAAAUCAUCAUAGCAGGGCUCAACGGGCGCCACGAAGCUUCCUCCGAGAGCACAGAAGAAGAAGAAGAAGAAGGGUUCCUUCUUCCUUCGGCGUCGAGAAGAGCCUUCGUAUUUACUAUGUGUCGCACACGCAUGCCAAGAUAGCAUCAAUUAUGGUGCCCGUUUUCGAGUGCUUCAGAUCUUUUUCCGUCGUUCGCCGUUUCCAAGACGUCGUGCCGCGUCUUCGUCCGUAUCGCUGCGUGCUCAUCAGCGCGGCAAAGAGGAGACUCACCCGGGGUGAUUGUGUGCUCCGUAGAACAACACGUUAGUGCCGCCCGACCGCACGACCGAAACUUAUCGUUAUGCGGAAUCUGAUGACGUGGCAAAACGCAGCGAAGAAGGCGGAAAACGAAAAAGGGAAGAGCAAUGUGCAUGCGUCUACUCGCUAAUGAGAUCAGAAGGGGGAUAUAGCCUAAAGGCGCAUCGAGAGAUGAAGGACAUUUCGGACCGUAUGUAGUCGGUGUCGGGGGAAGUGCUGAGCUUAUUUGGCCGACAGUCUGAAGGUCUCAAUCUCAAAGAUCUCCAGUCCGAAAACUUCCUGUUCUAAGCUCCGAGACGGCGUGUUUUCGUCUCUUUCUCAAGAGGUUGCCGAGCUUACAUCUUCUUUCGAUAAUACGGAAAAUAUUGGCCGUCGGAGUUUACAAGCUUCUCUCGGCUCUCUCUCUCUCUCUCUCUCGAUCUUCUUCCUUGAGCUGGCAUGUCAUCUUAACGUGUUUGUGUUCCGAAUUGAGUUGUUCAAGUACUUAGGGCUGCUCCUGCUCCUACUCCUGUCUUCUAUAUGGACACAAAUGAAAUAUGCGCAAGUCACACAGACACGAUUGCCCAAACGAAGCCUAUUUUGGCAAGGAAGGAGAGGAGAAGCCGCCGCUUUCACAAAGAAUCUGCUCCGCAAUGUUUGUCAGGGGCAAAACGCAAAAUACACCUUCUGAGCUCGUCUCGGAAAAGUUCUGUGGAAGUACACGUCAUGAGUCAGAAUCCGAAUGCGAUUCUUUCUGACCAAAAAGUUCUAAAGUUGUCGACUUUUUCUCUUGAUCGCCCUUGAAGAGGUCAAUUGUAGGAAGCGUUGAAUAGGCGGUGCGCGGCGAGCUCAAACAUCAUGCUCGACACCUAUUAUAAGUCUUUUGUGGUCCUCUCGCGACGAAGGAGGCAAAAAGAGAGAGAGAGAGAGAGAGAGAGAGAGAGAGAGAGAGAGAGAGAGAGGGAGCAAGAAGAAAGUAAGAAGGAGCAGUUUUUGAGUCCGGUUAAUCCUUUUUCUUUUUGAACGGAAUGGAAUGGGUUAGCGGGUUGGAAUGUUGCCAUACAAUCCGAGGGGUUUCAGCUGAUCGGCCUGGAAGGAAUUCCGGUGUACACCGCAUUCUACCUCAACAACAAUGAAUGGAUCUGGGGCGAUGUGCUGUGCGAUUUGUGGCUCUCCAUCGACUACAUCGUCUGCCUCGCCUCCAUUUACACUGUGCUCGGCAUUACUGUUGAUAGGUUUCAAGGCGGAAGUGCUCUCUGUCGCACACUUAAUUUUCAGGUACUAUUCUGUGAAGAAGCCAGCGACGUACCGGAACUGGAGGACUCCCGGCCGCGUUGUUCUCAUUAUCAUAUUUAUAUGGCUUGUAAGUUUUGAAUUUUCAUGAACGUCAACAUCAACGAAACCCCCUUUCUUCCAGGUUCCUAGCAUUUUAUUCUCUGUUUCAAUCUUUGGAUACGGCACAUUUACGGGUACAGGUCGGAUACUGAAGGAGACCGAAUGCUAUGUGCAGUUCAUGACGAAUCCCUAUCUGAACAUGGGCAUGUACAUCUCAUAUUAUUGGACGACACUGUUUGUGAUGCUCUAUCUCUACUGGGGCAUCUACAGAGCCGCCAAGAAGCUCGCGUUGAAGAGUGAUCAGGUACCGGGACUAAAAGAUUCUUGUGCACUUGCUCUGUACUCAGAAGACAAAGCGUCUGGCGUUGCUCACCGAAAUGCGGCGUCCUGAAGUGAGUGUUCGCACGAGCGACGCCGGGAACAGCAGUUCGGACUCUCCGAACGACACUUCGAACAGUAGCAAGUGAGUUUUCCCUGCGGACAGACUUGGUAACAAAUUGAUGUUUGUUCCUCACACCCGCCCGAACAAUACAUUUCAAUCAGUUCGUUUCGCCCCACCCUCUCUCCUCCUUAUGUCCCCGAUGACCGGCAAAAAAGACAAGUGGCGAAAUGUGAAGAAAUGCGCAUAAAUCUCGACGCGCACAUAUGCAUUUCGGAAGCGAGAGCGGCGUCCCGUGGGGAUUGACGUCGGAGGUCGCGGCUCCCGGAGCAGCCAUAUGUUGAACAGAAAAAGCCAGACUACUUUGCUUGAUUAUCAGGGAAAAUCGGAUUGUAAGUGCCCUGGGAGCAAGCGAAAAUUGACAAUUUAUUGUGGAGCCUGUGACGAAAAAACACCAAGGGAACUAUAAAAUCGGAGGGGAGCGGCGGCGGGCUCAAAAAGAUUGGUCCCAUUGAUUAAAAAUGAGGGGUCAACUUUUUUCCUGAUCUCCAACUCAUUUCGUACUCUCGCUUCCUUUCAAUUCCACCCAAAAUAGUGUGAAUAUUUCUGUGCGGAAUUGUAUGCAAAUCGGCCUUUUUUGCUCGAAAAGGGCUUCCUCUCCUUUUUCUCAGUUUGUUGUGCGUUGCUCAAUCCAAUUGAAUGCUCCGUCCGUCCUUAUCCUCCAAACGAGGUCCGUUGACAAGCUAGAAAACGCGGAUGAAAUGUGAGAUUUUGAAAGUUCUGAAGUGGUUCCCCCAACAAUCUGCAGAUUAGAAGGACCUCUUCCGGAAGGGAGUUUAAAUGGGCUAUGGUGGAGCGAGCGGGCGAGGGAAGGGACCGAUAAUGAGCGACUGAAAAGGAGGCGAAAUUGAUGAAGAGAGGGAAAAGAGCCCACAAAACGAUGCACUUUUUCGCCCUCUCCUCCUGAUGGCCAAUUUCGUGUCAGAAGGGAGGAUGAGCGAAUAAAUGAGGAUGGGGUGAGGGACUAACCGGAAGGUUCAACUGAAUCAAGCAAGUUUAGUCAGAACUACCAGAUAAUUUCGCAGCAGCCAUUUUUCCGACUGCUCCCGGACACUUUUUCUCUCUCUCUUCCCCAACUCAUUGAUCCAAAUUGAGUGCGACAUUCAUGAGAUGGAUAAAAGCCGGCAGAAAGUGAGUGUCACUUGAAAACGAAUCUUCCUUUUCGUCGUCGGCAACGUCUCCUCCUGAUGUCCUCUCCUCUCGCCCAUUUCCCGUACACGUUAGUCGCCUAAAUCACGUUACUCACUCCCUUUUCUUCCUCUCAGUCUGUCAUUCUGAUGACGUGUGUGCCCUUCGGGGCGAGCGUACGUACAUAACAAAUCACAUCAGCAAAGUACUGAAACGAGAGGGACCAUUGCAGAUGUUUCCGGACGGCGCCACCGACGACGACAAUGCCGACCACUCAGACAACUGUGAGUACGCCGCCGCCCGUCUUCCGCAAUCACAUGACGCUUCACAACAACAAUAUAGACCAUGUUAAGGAGAUUGAGCCACCACAUCCGCCGACUCCGCCAGAAGAACAUACUUACAGGUCAGGUCUUCACUAAACUCAUCAGCUAACCUAACGAUUUUAAGUAACCCGAACUUUUCCAUCUCCGAACAGUUCAACAACGGUUUUUCGCGGCAGGAGCCGUCCUCUGUGAUCGAACGAGAGAGCACGGCUCCGUGCGUUUCUCCGGAACCGUCGCAGGCCUCGCAGGAGAACGACUUCAACGAAAACGAAAAUCAUCACGCGCAUUUCAAGUGAGCUCAUCAUCUCCCGUUCCGAAUUAGAAUUCACCUCGCAGACCUGAACUCUCGUUGCCCUUCAUCGACGCGGACAGUGUAUCAUCGAUGGUGGGAACCGAUGAUCUUCGCAGGGCAAUGUCGAUCCGAAUCUCGAGAAGUGCUUCCCAGCACGGUACUGGGGGAUGUGCGACGCCCGUGGAGCAUGUUCUCGUGGAUAUGACAGAAGAGCACGAGGAGAAAGAGGUGGGGGAGUUGGCGGAAGACGUCGCAGAGAAGAAGCCGAUGCUGGAGAAUGGAGGACUUCAUCAUGUCACCAUUGCGGACGAUGAUCAGCAGGUAAAAGGUGGAAAAGGGACGGGAAAGGGAUAAAGAAGUUGUAGCCGUCCACGUCGAAAGAGUCAGAUCAAAGGGACGAAGUGACACCAGAUCAUCACGAUGCGAACGAAGUGAAGGUUUGGUAUUGCUCAGAUUCUUCUGAUUCAGCUUCCUUUCAGGUCCCCUUGAUCGCAGUCUCGCGCGUGGAAAGUGUGAAGAGCACGACGGGAGGGAAAGUGCGUCGGCUAAUUACCCAAAUGCGGAGCCACAGUAUCCGGAGCAAACGGAAACGUAACAAAAAAGUGAGCACUCCUCCAAUCAACCCGUCCUCCUCCUCCCUGACAGUCGGCGGUCGGUCGAGUCGUGAACGUGAACGUGUCCGCAAUCCGGUCACGAUUACCCUCCAGUUUCAGACUGUUCUAGCAGCGCUUAACUUUUUCCAACGAAAAAAGGUAACAUAAGAGACCGAGACUCGCUUGCUUCUCUUUUUCUCUUCCAGCCCACUUCUCUUCACAGUUUUAACCCUUCGGCUCGUUCGUUCUGCUCAUGUUUCAUCAGCGGAACAUUUUUACGCUUUGCAUGUGUUUUUUUUUACUUUUCAAUCUAGAAGGAACCAACAAAAAUACAAUAAAAAGUGGGGAAGAGUAGGAUUUCAGUGAAGAGAAUAGUGAAAGUGAAAGUGACGGAAAAGUGCAGUGUUUCGUAGAGAUUGUGGGGUUCCGAAAGUUUUCCGUGCCGCCUAACUGCAGUAACCCGUUCUGUGUGAAGUGUGAGUACCGGUGCUGCCCCGAUACAGAACUUCCCGAAUCAGAACUAUUUUCAGUGCUAAUUGGUUCUGAUUCGGGGCAACGAGUAUUUUGAUUCCCAGUACCUGUAAUAAAAUGCGAGUGACACCGAAAAGUUCUGUUGCCAAAUCGUAGUGGUUUUCUCUUUUUCAGCUUCUCCCACUAUCAUCUUUUUCCCAAACCGAUCCGUUCCCAUUUGCAGGAGUACAAGUCCCGAUCCGAGAACCGAGCCCGGAAGGCGCUCCGAACAAUCACCUUCAUCCUCGGCUCGUUCAUCAUCCUCUGGACUCCGUUCUACGUCCUGGCGACCAUCUACGGAUUCUGCGAGACGUGCAAGGCUUCUCCGUCGUUCAACACGCUCUACACGAUCUCCUAUUACCUGUGCUACAUGAACUCGCCGCUCAAUCCGUUCUGCUACGCAAUGGCGAAUCAACAGUUCAAAAAGACGCUCACUCGCAUUUUCAAAGGCGACUUUCGAAGAGUUUGA